AUGCAUGCCACUGUCGCCGGUUCACCACAUGCGACCGACCUCGCGGCGCAUUCUCCUAACACGUCCGCAACACCCACCUCCCCUCCGUCACUCACCCCCGCGCUCUCCGUUUCCCCAAAUGAUUCCGGUGCCUCCACCCUCCGCCGCUUGAAAUCCAAAUCAUCCCUGCGGAGCCUUGAAAGCAACCCCGAAGAGAGAACUUCGCCGGCGGAAUCGACGAGCGCCGGCCGGACUUCCUUUCUCCGCCGCCUUUCUCCCGCCCUCGCUGCCCGGGUGAAGCUGCUGGACGGCAGCAACAAGUCCGCAACCCAGACGCGGACUGUCACGCCAGUUGGCCGUAUCCCACAAGAGCAUCUGAAGGAGCUGGAUAGUCUCCACCAGGAUCUAUCGAUCAAGGUUAAGAGAAAAGGUCAGGCGUGGUCCGCCACGGCCACAUCCCCACAGCCACCGGAAUUCAAGCGCAGCGCCUCGAACCAGCUCGAGCUACCCCGACAAGAUAUCCUCCAAGAGAUCGCGGACGCGCGACGAGAAAUCCAGGAGUCUUCCGAAGCUGUCGUGGACAAUCCUGAGCCGACCGGCGCCUUUCAGACUCCGGAACACAAAACCCCAACCACGCCGAUGUCAGUCGCACAACCGGUACUCGCGCAGCCGCGCGCAGAGCCUCUCGCGAGCCCCCUUGGCUCAACGGGCGUUCAAGACAACCGGACCGACUUUGAAAAGUACGUCGACGACACCGCGAUGAAAGAUGCACAGUCCGCCCCGAAGCCACCGCCGAAAGAUACUCCUCCCGCCGAUGCAACGCACUCGCGUUCGUCCUCCAAUUCGCAAUCAUACUUCAAUCAUAUGGGCCCGGGACGCGCGGAAUCCAUUUACUCUUUCGGACGGGCCUCCUUCAGCAGUCAGCUCUCGCAGCUAACCUCAAUCUAUCUACCGCAGCCCGCUUCGCUCGAGGCGAGCAUUGAAAACAUUUCCACAGCUCUGGCGGCAGUUCGGGCCUUGAACAACGCCGCAGAACAAAUUCAAAUCUGGAUCAAGAAGGCCUCGGAUGUGCUAUGUGGCCUGGAUGCUGAAGAUGACGUGGAAUGGGCUGCGGCUGGUGGCCGCGAUGGACUAGAUGAGGUCGACAAAGCAAUUAACCGUUUUGAGUCGCUCGUCAACGUGUACGUGCGCGCUAUUGAGAAUGUCCAGCUGCGCGAUGACAUCGGAAAUGUCGAUGGGGAGAACUUGAAGACCAUCGUGAACCAGAUGGAGAGCAUCCUCGAAAACUGGUCUCAGAUCAAGGACAAGCUGAAAGGUGUAAAAGAGCAAGUCGAGUUAGCUAUGGAGUGGGAGGAGCUUUGGUCCAAUGUGUUGGGCGAUGUAGGCGUCGAGGUCGACAGCCUAAGUGGGCUGAUCUUUGAGAUGGAAGAGAAGCGGCAUCAGGCGUUGAUGGACACCGGCGACGCCACCGGCGGCCUUGACAUCAACGAACUGGAAACGAUUGUGGAAGAGUCCCCCGUCAAGGGUCGCGCGCAUGCGCAGAACCGUCUGAGUCUCGGACCCCUCUUAGCAUCGGCAUCUGGAACCCCCGUUAUCAAAACACCGCAGGACGAUACCAGUCACUCUAACCUCAUGGCUCUCUUUGCGCGCAUGCAACCACUCCGCGCAUCAUUGGACUUCUUACCCAUGAGGUUAUCCAUGUUCCAAGCACGGGCUGAAAACAUCUUUCCGACUGCGUGUGAGGAGCUCGAGGAACGGCGCAAUCGGUUGGAGGAGAGCUAUAAAGUUCUUGAAACUGAUGCCGAGGCUCUUCGCAAGGAGUUGGGAGAAGAUAAGUGGAUUCUCGUUUUCCGCAAUGCUGGGGCUCAAGCGCAAAAGAUGUUCGACUCAGUUGAACGCAGCAUCGGUAAACUCCAGGAAGGUCUGGAAUGCGGGAUGCAGAUGCACAAUAUGCCAACUCUGACCAAGCGUAUGGAAAAUUACGUGGCAAAGAAAACGCAUUACGUUCCUGCGAUUGACCGUGUGAUCUCCAUCAUUCAGAAGGGUGUAAACGACCGACUGACCGUCAACGGUGAGAUUCUGCGCCUGCUCUCCGACAUGACAUCGCGGACAGACGCUCUCAAAGCGAGCAUCAAAUUUAUGGACACGUCCCUCCAAGACAUACCCUUCAUGAACACCCAGCAGCUGCGAGACUCGGUCUCCAGCAUUUUGACCAUGGACAGUCCGGCACCGGGCCUCGACACUCCAGGAAGCUCGCCUGCCAACUCGGUAAUCAUGAGCGGUAACAAGUACAAGCGUGUCUCCACGCCGAUGGGCUCAAGUCGUCGCGACAGUUCAGUCGGAAGUGCGACAUCUCGUUCUGCCAUCCCGCCAUCACGUCGCUAUUCCAGUUUGCCCCAGCCCGUCGGGACUUACACGGGACGGAAGUCCAGCAUCCCACAGCCGACUGGCCUUGUUUCCCCCACCCCGUCCUACAGAAGUUCAAUGCUUUACACCCCAACCCCAGCUACCCGUACACGAACACCCGCGCCCCCAUCUACAAUUCCCAACCGCCCACGCUGGACAACCAGCACGAACCUGAACGACAUGUACAACUCGACCCAGCGCAAGUCGUCCGCGCCCCAAGCCCGGACCCCACGCCCUUCGUCGACCCUAUCCGCCCGAGACAGAGAAAUGUCCUCAUCUCCAAUUUCCGGCAUGCGUUCAACCAGUCGCGUCUCCAGCCGCUUCGGCUCCCGCAGUCCAAAUCAUUAUCUCCCCUCACCCACCCCAGCGCGCUCCUCCCUCCUUGACCCACCACCAUACAGCCGGCUUCGCCGUCAAUCCGGCAUCCCAAGUACCCCGCGCAGCCGUCAGAGCUUCGCUGGCCCGCCUACUGCCUUCAGUCGCAGUACCACUGCAGCUAGAGAGGCAGCCGUCAGCCCGAGUCGAACCGAACGUCCUGGGACUGCGCUCGGCCAUUCUCUCAACAGACGCACCAGUCUACUCCCGUUGCCGAAGCGUAAGGAGCCAGCGACCCCGAAGCCGGUCGAUACGCGUCCGCCUUGGCGCUAG